AUGACUCCUCACUCCUCGUCACGCAUCAUCACCAGAAAACGCGAAAGGUUGGCAUGCAAGGAAUGUCGGCGCCGGAAGCUAAAGUGCGAUCGGACAAGCCCGUCAUGUAGUAGCUGUACCAGGAGAGGCGACGGGGAGUCCUGCACCUAUCAGCGGCUGGCACAGACUCCCGAAGACAGGCAAGAGCAGCGUGCCGCAACACAAGCACGGCUGGAGCAUUUAGAACAGCUUGUUCAUCAGCUCGCCAGCCAACCCAGCACUGCUUCAGGCACUUCCUUGACGCCUCCACUCCAGGCCGAUAGCGAUACCUUUGAAUCUGAGAUAUCAAGUGGGACGGUUGUGAAUGGAGAGAGUCUCACCUACAAUGGGGCCACACACUGGUCCGCUAUGCUUGAAGACAUCAACGAGCUGCGACUCGUUUUGCCCAUCGAUGACGCAGCUGCCCUUGACGACCAUCCAGACGUAUUACCCGAGGAUAAAGGCGUGGAACUUCUCUUUGGAGGCGGCGUGUGCUUACCUCUUGAUGUUGUCAUUGCCACUUACCUGCCUCCGCGACAGGAGGUCGACCGCAUCAUAUCAGCCUACUUUCGCGCCGAGGCCAUUGCCGCUCCCUUUAUUCACGGGCCUCAGUUUCGCAGAUUUUAUCAGGAGUUCUGGAAGGAUCAGACAUCGUCGUCACCACUAUGGUUAUCAAUAUUAUUCUCAAUUCUUCACAUCUCCUCUCACACGCUUCGACGCAACAUAGACCCAGUUGCAACUAAUCAAUUCUCGGUCGCAGCAGCGCAUUGCUUGACCAGUGGGCACUACUUUCGUCCCAAACGAUUUGCUGUGGAGGCUUUAACCAUCUUUACUCAAGCCCAGUGCCUUACCAGCAAAGAGUUGCCACCUGACAUUGGCGCCCUCAUUGGGCUUACCGUCCGUGCUGCCACAAACAUGGGCUACCACAGGGAAAUCGAAGGCCCACGAAUCUCGCCUUUUGAGAGAGAAAUGAGGAGGCGGACUUGGUCCUUUUGUAUGCAGCUCGACGUCUUGAUUGCAUUUCAUCUGGGCCUCCCUACAAACAUCCAAUUCCCAACCUGGAACACGCACCCGCCAACAAUCCUCCCAGAUUCAGCAUUCGAUGAGGACACUGUACUGUUGCCACCAUCCCGCCCUGAGUCAGAGCUUAAUCAUAGGCUGUUUUACCUAGCAAAGCAUCGAUUCAUGGUAUUUCUGGAGAGAAUCUUGCGACACACCUUAUCUGCGCAACCCGAUCCCAGUGAGGUCGACAGUCUAGAUGCCGAGGUCCGCGCUGUAUUCGAAAACUUGCCCGAAUACAUGAAACCACGGUCUGUGGCUGAUUCCGUGAUUGACUCGGCCAGUCUCAUGGUCACUCGACUGUGUGUUUCCUUCAUUUAUUGCAAGUGUCUCUGUGUGCUACAUCGUCCAUAUGUAACACAAGGACGACCAGAAAGUAUCGUCAUCUGCCACGAUGUUUCUUUGCGUCUCGUCAGGGAAUACGUUGAUGCGUACGCCGAAUUCGCACCCGGAGGGCAGGCGGAGACGGAAAGCUGGUUCACCAGCGCCCUGAGCUGGCAUGACUUUCUCUUUGGCAACAUGGCCUUGUGCUUGGUGAUUUGUGCCAUGAGCAGCAAUCCAGCCAGUCCCGUGAUUGACCUGAGUUUGACGUUGGAAACAUUGGAGAAAUCUCGCAGGUUGUGUGCAGAUGAAGUGCCAACGCGACACAAGGACACUAGGAAGGUGCUGGCUCUCAUCACUGCUGUUAUCCGCAAGUUCAGUGUGGUGGAUCUAGCGACUCAAGACUCUUUUAGUAUGGAUACCAUUGGAAUGAUUCCUGAAACGUCGAAAGACCUGUUGCUGGAUUUCCCAAUGGAUACCACCUGGGACAACAUGUGGGAUACCAUGGGGCCUGUAACUGGCCUUGCGCAGGAUCCAUCUUGGCAGUAUUUCAGUCAGUUCUUGGACGCUUCUGUCCCAGCCUGA